GAACAAGAAUCAAAAUCUCUACGAAAACCAGUCUGGCCUGCCAUCUCCUCUACCGGACCUGCAUUUGGCGAUUUCCCGUUCCCGUAUUAUGUCUAUAGCAGUGACCAAUUGCUGCUUCUCUGCCGUCUCCUCUACCGUCAAGUUUCGCUGCUCUGCUUCUUCGAGCCGCCUUCUCGCCACCACCAACUCCUCCGCUGCCUGCGUCGCCUCCAAAGCUUCCAUCCAUAACAGAAAGCGUUCAAAGCGCGGUUCUGCAUCUUCCCCUGCUGACAGAAUCAAUAGUAAGGAUAGGGAGGGCGUUUCUCAAACGAAAUCUGCUGGUAGAGCGAAAGAUGGGAGGUCUUCUCCUUUCCAGGCCGAUUCCAACAGUGGCAAUGCUAAGCCAUUUGGGUCACAAAGAAGAGAUAACAAGAGUUUGCAGUUUGAUUUGAAGGAACAACCGGUCGGAGCUGGGAAUCUUCAGGUUGCAGUUUUCCUAGAUGCGGUAGUCAAGGUUUACUGCACCCACACGGCGCCUGACUAUUCUCUCCCGUGGCAAAAACAAAGGCAAUUUACAAGUACUGGGAGUGCUUUUAUGAUAGGGAAUGGGAGACUUCUAACAAAUGCACACUGUGUGGAAUAUCAAACACAGGUUAAAGUGAAGAGAAGGGGAGAUGACACUAAAUAUGUGGCCAAGGUAUUGGCCAGGGGUGUUGAUUGUGAUAUAGCUUUGCUUGCUGUUGAAAGUGAGCAAUUUUGGGAGGGGGCUGAACCAUUACAGUUGGGUGACUUGCCUCAUCUACAGGAAGCAGUAACUGUUGUAGGAUAUCCACUUGGAGGAGACACUAUUUCAGUGACAAAGGGAGUUGUAUCACGGAUAGAGGUUACUCCUUAUGCACAUGGAUCAUCCGAUUUACUUGGUAUUCAAAUUGAUGCAGCCAUAAAUCCUGGUAAUAGUGGUGGUCCAGCAUUCAAUGACCGUGGGGAGUGCAUUGGGGUGGCUUUCCAGGCUUACAGAUCCGAAGAGGCUGAAAAUAUUGGAUAUGUUAUUCCAACAACAGUGGUCUCUCAUUUCUUGAGUGACUAUGAGAGGAAUCAGAAAUACACUGGCUUUCCUUCGCUUGGUGUAUUACUGCAAAAGCUGGAGAACCCUGCACUGAGAGAGUGUCUGAAAGUGCCAUCUAGUGCGGGCGUGCUGGUUCGGAAAGUUGAACCAACAUCUUAUGCAAAUAAAGUGUUAAAAGAGGGUGACGUGAUUGUGAGCUUUGAUAACGUUCAAAUAGGGUGUGAAGGAACUGUGCCGUUCCGGUCAAAUGAGCGCAUUGCAUUCCGCUACCUUAUUAGUCAAAAAUAUGCAGGUGAUGUAGCGGAGCUUGGUAUUAUCAGAAAUGGUCAAUCCAUGAAAGUUCAAGUGGUCCUAAAUCCAAGAGUUCAUUUGGUGCCUUAUCAUGUAGAUGGCGGUCAGCCUUCUUACUUGAUAACUGCUGGUUUGGUGUUUACUCCUCUCUCGGAACCACUAAUAGAGUAUGUUUUCCUUCCUUUUUUACAGUUGAAGCUUUUAACAAAGGCGCGUUACACAUUGGCGAAGUUUAAAGGAGAACAAAUUGUGAUCCUAUCUCAGGUGUUAGCAAAUGAAGUCAACAUUGGAUACGAGGAUAUGGGCAACCAACAGCACAAACAAAACUUGCAGGUGUUGAAAUUCAAUGGUACCAGAAUACGAAACAUUCAUCAUCUAGCCCACCUAAUUGAUUCAUGCGCAGGCAAGUACAUGGUGUUCGAGUUCGACGGCAAUUAUUUGGUUGUGUUGGAGAAGGAAGCAGCUCUGAGUUCUUCAUCACAGGUUCUCCAAGAUUAUGGGAUACCAUGUGAAAGAUCUUCAGAUCUGUUAGAGCCAUAUGUGGAGUGCAAUGCUGGAGACGGUCAAUCCGUUGUGGAUGGGGAUUUUGGAGACAGUCCAGUUUCCAAUCUGGAAAUUGGGGUUGAUGGAAUCCUCUGGGCAUGAUGUACUCAUUAGGUGUAUCACAGGUUAUUUAUUUAAUUUAUUGAGAUUUAUACAACUUUUUUUCUAUAUAUAUAUAAUGGAUGUGGUGGCAUCCUACCUUUCAUUCAAAACCAAUAAGGAUCCAUCUCUCCUCUGUUGGUGCCUCAGUUGCAUCGAUCUAUGCGCAACUCUAAAGGGAUCCCUCCUGUUCGUUUUAAAGAUUAUGUGGGUUAUGGUGUUGUUGAUGCUCUUGUUCUCCCUACUCGUUUUUAAACAAGCUCACGGUGAUCCGAUUGUGGGAUCAAGCCAUGCAAGAAGAGAUCGAUGCCUUGCAUGGAAAUCAGACUCCGAGUGUUGUAGAUUGUCCUCCACCAUCCAU